CAUGAAUUAUCAUUACAUUUAAGAUGCAUCACAGCUCUGUGUAUCAAUUUGCUUAGCAUUAGGACUUCUCAUCUGAUUUGUUGAAAAAUAAAAUUGUGCUUUUCCAUGGUAUAACAAUACUUAAGCCUUGCUAGGUUCACUGUUGCUGUAUAAAAUGGAUUUUAUCUUAGGUGUAAAGAUGGCCAAUCCUAACGAGCCAGUUUUGCUGUAUGCCCACCCGACAAUGCGGACAUUGGCGAAGCAGAUUGCCCUUCAGUGUUCACUAAGGGCAAAAAUGGGGACAGAUUCUCAUCCACCAGAAACAUUAAACAUACCACAACAGUCACCAGAAAAGAAGCCAAAAUUAUCGUUCCACAGAUCUCUAUCAAGGGGAAAUCUCCUUCCUGGCAGUCGUUGUGUGGAGUACAGGGACACAAUCAGGUGGGAAAAGUUUCAGGAUGGAUUUCCAAAUCUCUUUAUAGAGGACGUACAUCGUAUGAUGGGAAAAGAUGUUAUCUUUCUUGGCAGUUUCCAUGACCCAAGUGUGAUAUUCGAGCAACUGUCUGUCCUGUAUAUGUUUCCAAGGUACUUGGCCAGAUCCUUUCACUUCAUCCUGCCCUAUUUCCCCACAGGGACCAUGGAAAGAGUGGACACAGAGGGCCAGAUUGCUACUGCCAAGACCCUGGCCAGCAUGAUGUCUGCUAUUCCCUUAACAGCGAGAGGCCCGGUACAGAUCUGUAUAUUUGAUAUCCACGCACUUCAAGAGAGGUUCUACUUUUCGGAUAACAUUAUUCCAAGGUUGGAGUCAGCGAUCCCAAUGCUACUGGAGACCAUCAUAGGCCUGCCAGACAAGGACAAAAUCGCGGUGGCAUUCCCAGACGAUGGGGCAUUCAAGCGCUUCCACCAGUUUUUCCCCGAUUAUGACACUGUCACGUGCGUGAAGAUCAGGGACGGAAACACGAGGAUUGUCAAGGUCAAGGACGGCAACCCCGAGGGUAAACAUGUGGUGAUCGUGGAUGAUCUAGUCCAGACAGGUGGAACGCUCAUCAACUGUGGCAAGGCAUUGGUGGACAAGGGAGCCACUGACGUCAGCGCUUACGCCACACACGCAGUGUUUCCUAACGAUAGUUGGAAGAAGUUCACGGACAAUGACGACUUCAAGUUUAAGAAUUUCUGGAUCACAGACUCGAUACCCCACGCCGUGGAAAUCAGCAAACAUGAGCCGUUCAAACUGUUGUCACUUUGUGAAUCGAUCUCACGCAUGUUGAUGGUGUAUGACCUGAAACAGGAGACUUGAUUGACGUCGUUUAUAUUAGAUUCGGAUCACAGAAAGUCCUUAUUUAAUCAAUGAAUGUUAUAAUGCUUAGUUUCUUUCGUGAUUGUAGGACCUGAGUUGCGGCUCCGUUGCGUGUUUCAAUAGCGUCUUAAUCGUAUAUUGAAAUUACAUUUGUAUCUUGGUGUCAUAUUUUUCAUUACUUGUCAAAAUUUAAGUAUUAAAUUAGAAUUAACCAGUAUUAAAGAUAGAAAAAAAACAUUGAGAUAAACAAACCCGUUAUAACUCGGUGCUAUCUGUGAUUUUGCUACAGAUUUAAGAUCUUCCAAGAUACUACUAAAGUCCUGUAUUGAAAAGGAAGCCGUGAUUGUAAAAUUAGGGUCAAUAGUUUGUAUUAUUUCCUUUUCCUCGGAGCUGUGCUUCUAUUAAUUAUAGGAUAUGUGACGUCUGCUAAAAUGAGUCCGAUGAAGGCAUUCGGAUUCUUAACACUUUUGUUUUAUAAACCAGCGAUUGAGCACUGAUUGCGCGCUUAUAAGAUACAAUAUUAUAAGAAAUAAAUGUACAUAAUCUACCUCUGCAAGACUCCUUUGCGCAGACGACGUCUCAUGUAAUAAUUAAUUUAUCUCAAACAACAGAGUCCAUCAGGUAAACUGACGUGUAUACACAUUAUUUACAGAGGGAAAUACAUUACAAACAACAGAGUCCAUCAGGUAAACUGACGUGUAUACACAUUAUUUACAGAGGGAAAUUCAUUACAAACAACAGAGUCCAUCAGGUAAACUGACGUGUAUACACAUUAUUUACAGAGGGAAAUUCAUUACAAACAACAGAGUCCAUCAGGUAAACUGACGUGUAUAAACAUUAUUUACAGAGGGAAAUUCAUUACAAACAACAGAGUCCAUCAGGUAAACUGACGUGUAUACACAUUAUUUACAGAGGGAAAUUCAUUACAAACAACAGAGUCCAUCAGGUAAACUGACGUGUAUACACAUUAUUUACAGAGGGAAAUUCAUUACAAACAACAGAGUCCAUCAGGUAAACUGACGUGUAUACACAUUAUUUACAGAGGGAAAUUCAUUACAAACAACAGAGUCCAUCAGGUAAACUGACGUGUAUACACAUUAUUUACAGAGGGAAAUUCAUUACAAACAACAGAGUCCAUCAGGUAAACUGACGUGUAUAAACAUUAUUUACAGAGGGAAAUUCAUUACAAACAACAGAGUCCAUCAGGUAAACUGACGUGUAUACACAUUAUUUACAGAGGGAAAUACAUUACAAACAACAGAGUCCAUCAGGUAAAUUGACGUGUAUACACAUUAUUUACAGAGGGAAAUUCAUUACAAACAACAGAGUCCAUCAGGUAAACUGACGUGUAUACACAUUAUUUACAGAGGGAAAUUCAUUACAAACAACAGAGUCCAUCAGGUAAACUGACGUGUAUACACAUUAUUUACAGAGGGAAAUUCAUUACAAACAACAGAGUCCAUCAGGUAAACUGACGUGUAUACACAUUAUUUACAGAGGGAAAUUCAUUACAAACAACAGAGUCCAUCAGGUAAACUGACGUGUAUAAACAUUAUUUACAGAGGGAAAUUCAUUACAAACAACAGAGUCCAUCAGGUAAACUGACGUGUAUACACAUUAUUUACAGAGGGAAAUUCAUUACAAACAACAGAGUCCAUCAGGUAAACUGACGUGUAUACACAUUAUUUACAGAGGGAAAUUCAUUACAAACAACAGAGUCCAUCAGGUAAACUGACGUGUAUACACAUUAUUUACAGAGGGAAAUUCAUUACAAACAACAGAGUCCAUCAGGUAAACUGACGUGUAUAAACAUUAUUUACAGAGGGAAAUUCAUUACAAACAACAGAGUCCAUCAGGUAAACUGACGUGUAUACACAUUAUUUACAGAGGGAAAUUCAUUACAAACAACAGAGUCCAUCAGGAAAACUGACGUGUAUACACAUUAUUUACAGAGGGAAAUACAUUACAAAUCUUUAACAUCACUUCACAUAAUUUAUAUGUGCAAUAUUUUGUUCAAUUAAUUCUCAUUCAACAGGGUUUAAUUCAGUCCGCAAUAUAAAUAGACAAUUUCUUUAUUGUUAAUGUUAAUCAUAAUCCUUAAUACAUCAGUCAAUUGUAACCACGGCCUGCCAGGUCAGGGGGUAUAAUGGGGAAAGCGGGGGAAAUAGGCCGUGUUUUUAACAUCCAGAUGGUACCGCAGUGCCGGGUGCCAUUUGGCGAGGAUUUUACCAGCAGUUUGUCCCCGCAGGUCGGAGAUUUUACUGGGGAUUGGCUGUACCGAAAGUCCCUGCUAUUCCCCGGAUCUUGGGUACUGUGGUUACAAAUGACUGGUACAUAAUAAUCGCACUUCUUUCUUUGUCUUACUAGGUUUAAUUGUUAUUUUUAUGAUUUUAAUUAUUUUUUUAUUAUACUUCAAUGUAUCUUGUUUUAUUUGUUACAAAUAUCUCCCGCAUAUCUGAUGCGAGUGUUCACAAUAAACUGGACCAAAUCAUGCUUUUCAUGAACAAACUAUCACAUUAUGUUGAUAAUGGUUAUAUUAUGUUAAUAUGGAAUUGCAAUGUUUGUAAAAUAGCACCUUCAUAUAAUAGUAUGUUUGCAAAUUUUUAAGUUACGAGUAUUUAUGCUUUUUAUCAUAAUCUGUGAUAGAAUAUCCAAUUUCCUACCUUUUUGAAACGUUUUUUUUUUCUGACUAAACAGCUUUUGUAGAUGUUAAUAUGUAUUCAUGUUUGUAUACAUUGCAUACACUUGAAGAUCUAUAUACAUGUGGCUGUUCACGUGUGCUUGUGCUUGUACUUGUGUUUGAACUGAUUAUGUUUUACUCAAAUCUCAUGUAUUUGUUUUAAGAUGACGUAUUUAUAGUUAAACCAUUGUUCUCCGUAGAUUUUUUAAUAAAAUAUAUUUCACACA